CGCAGGCGCAGGGCUGACCACUUCCCCAGCAGUGAGGGCUGCUGGGCCGGAUGACGUGGCCUGGCAGCGUCCGCUCCUGUGAGGCCUCCCGGGAACCCCGCGCCGCCGGAACUCCCCGCGGCGUAUCCCCGACGCGCGUGUGUCUGCGAGCAGGUGUUAGGGACAGCGACGGCAGCGGCCCAGACCUGUGGAGCCUCGACGGGGCCACUGCCAUGGGGGAGUGACGCUCCUGCGCCGGCUGUUCGCGGCAGCGGCGAGACAUGAAGAAACCGCGCGGUGGGGAUAGUGGCGGCGGAUCCUGAGAUUGGGAAUGGAGGAAAAAUACUGCAGGGACGUGCUAGCCGGCCCCGGCGGCGGUGGCGGUGGUCUCGGGCCGGUGGACGUGCCCAGCGCUCGAUUAAUGAAAUAUAUCGUGUUACUGUGUUUCACUAAAUUUUUGAAGGCUGUGGGACUUUUUGAAUCAUAUGAUCUUCUAAAAGCAGUUCACAUUGUUCAGUUCAUUUUUAUAUUAAAACUUGGGGCUGCAUUUUUUAUGGUUUUGUUUCAAAAGCCAUUUUCUUCUGGGAAAACUAUUACCAAACAUCAGUGGAUCAAAAUAUUUAAACAUGCAGUUGCUGGGUGCAUCAUUUCACUCUUGUGGUUUUUUGGCCUGACUCUUUGUGGACCACUAAGGACUUUGCUGUUAUUUGAACACAGUGAUAUUGUUGUCAUCUCACUACUCAGUGUUUUGUUCACUAGUUCUGGAGGAGGACCAGCAAAGACAAGGGGGGCUGCUUUUUUCAUUAUUGCUGUGAUCUGUUUAUUGCUUUUUGACAAUGAUGAUCUCAUGGCUAAAAUGGCUGAGCACCCUGAAGGACAUCAUGACAGUGCUCUAACUCACAUGCUCUACACCGCCAUUGCCUUCCUAGGUGUGGCAGAUCACAAGGGUGGAGUAUUGCUGCUAGUACUGGCUCUGUGUUGUAAAGUUGGUUUUCAUACAGCUUCCAGAAAGCUCUCUAUAGAUGUAGGUGGAGCCAAACGUCUUCAAGCUUUAUCCCAUCUUGUUUCUGUGCUUCUCUUGUGCCCGUGGGUUGUUGUUCUUUCUGUGACAACUGAGAGUAAAGUCGAAUCUUGGUUUUCUCUCAUUAUGCCUUUCACAACGGUUAUCUUUUUUGUCAUGAUCCUGGAUUUCUAUGUGGAUUCCAUUUGUUCAGUGAAAAUGGAAGUUUCCAAAUGUGCCCGCUAUGGAUCCUUUCCUAUCUUUAUCAGUGCUCUCCUUUUUGGAAAUUUUUGGACACAUCCAAUAACAGACCAGCUCCGAGCUAUGAACAAAGCAGCACACCAGGAGAGCACUGAACAUGUCCUAUCUGGAGGAGUGGUAGUGAGUGCUAUAUUCUUCAUUUUGUCUGCCAACAUCUUAUCGUCUCCCUCUAAGAGAGGACAGAAAGGUACCCUUAUUGGAUAUUCUCCUGAAGGAACACCUCUUUAUAACUUCAUGGGUGAUGCUUUUCAGCAUAGCUCUCAGUCAAUCCCUAGGUUUAUUAAGGAAUCACUAAAACAAAUUCUUGAGGAGAGUGACUCUAGGCAGAUCUUUUACUUCUUGUGUUUGAAUCUGCUGUUUACCUUUGUGGAAUUAUUCUAUGGCGUGUUGACCAAUAGUCUGGGUCUGAUCUCAGAUGGAUUUCAUAUGCUCUUUGACUGCUCUGCUUUGGUCAUGGGACUUUUUGCUGCGCUGAUGAGUAGAUGGAAAGCCACUCGGAUUUUUUCCUACGGGUAUGGCCGAAUAGAAAUUCUCUCUGGAUUUAUUAAUGGACUUUUUCUAAUGGUAAUAGCUUUUUUUGUGUUUGUGGAGUCGGUGGCUAGAUUGAUUGAUCCUCCAGAAUUAGACACACACAUGUUAACACCAGUCUCAGUUGGAGGGCUGAUAGUAAACCUUAUUGGUAUCUGUGCCUUUAGCCAUGACCAUAACCAUACUCAUGGAGUUUCUCAAGGAGGUUGUCACUCAUCUGAUCACAGCCAUUCCCACCAUGUCCACAGCCACAAUGAUCAUGGGCACGGUCACAGCCACGGAUCUGCAGGUGGAGGCAUGAAUGCUAACAUGAGGGGUGUAUUUCUGCAUGUUUUGGCAGACACGCUUGGCAGUAUUGGUGUAAUCGUAUCCACCAUUCUUAUAGAACAGUUUGGAUGGUUCAUUGCUGAUCCUCUCUGUUCUCUUUUUAUUGCUAUAUUAAUAUUUCUCAGUGUUAUCCCAUUGAUUAAAGAUGCCUGUCAGGUACUGCUUCUGAGACUGCCACCAGAAUAUGAAAAGGAACUACAUAUUGCUUUAGAAAAGAUACAGAAAAUUGAAGGCUUAAUAUCAUAUCGAGACCCUCAUUUUUGGCGUCAUUCUGCCAGUGUUGUGGCAGGAACAAUUCAUAUACAAGUAACAUCUGAUGUGCUGGAACAGAGAGUAGUACAGCAGGUUACAGGAAUACUUAAAGAUGCUGGAGUAAACAAUCUAACAGUUCAAGUGGAAAAAGAGGCAUACUUUCAACAUAUGUCUGGUCUCAGUACCGGAUUUCAUGAUGUUCUGGCUAUGACAAAACAAAUGGAGUCCAUGAAAUAUUACAAAGAUGGUACUUACAUCAUGUGAGACAACUCAAGAAUUACUCCUGUGUAUGAAUAAUGAAGAUUACAUGAAGGAAGAAAAUUGCACAUAAUUGCACAGGAACAUUUUAUCAUAUUUGAAAAAGGUUUUAAAGCUCUCUACUGUUGGAUCAUGGAAUCUUUCUGAAAGAUUUAAAUACAGAAUGAAGCAUUAAUUGUACAAGUAAAAAAAUUAUUGGAAUUAUGUGUAUAAACAGGAUCUUCAAAUUUAAGUGAACAUAAUAUAUCAUAUCAUCUUGGAAAGUGGACAAAUGAUGGAUUCUAGUGAAGACCAAAAUACUUCUGUGUAUUUACUUUCUGUCAGAAAGCAUCUCCAUUGUAAAUAUAUAUUUACAUGUUUAUUACAAAGACCCAAAUGAAAAAUUGAAUUUUUAAUCAAUUUUUUGCAUAGCCUAAGGAUAAAAUAGUAACAGAAGUUCUAUAUUUAUGGAUUUUCUGUAUAUGAAACUGGUUUCUAAUUAUAACUUAAAUCCAUUAAGUAAAAUCUGUAUUGCCACUUUAAAUGUAUACUAAAUUAUUUGGAAGAAACUUCAACUUAUGAUGUGAGAUAAACAGUAAGAUUAGGGAAGUAUAACUUUACAGUUUUUGAUGUAUUACAAACCAACCACUCUGUAAAAUAAAUUUUUUACUUUUGGUAAUA